GCCGACAUGAAGUUUCUGUGCAGUGCGCUAAUCCUUGCCAGCAUUUCGGCCAUCAACGCCAAACCCAAUGUGCAAAUUCCGAGUGCUUUGAACCAGUAUUUGGUGCAUGCCCGCGAUUUGGAUACCAUUGUUUCCGAGGAUGUGACCUCGCAGUGCUUCAAUCUGUAUCUGCCACUGUUGAACGAGGUGGCUGCCACUUUCUCCAGCUCUUACCAGGAAUGUAUCAGCACCGCCAAUGCUCAGACCGCCAACCUGACUUCCCAGGCAGAUCAGCAGCAGAAGGCUUACCAAUCUGAGGUUUCCAGCUUGUGCAGUGCUUUUACCGCCUGUGACAGCAGUAAUGACACCACCAACUUCUUUAAUUGCUACGCGAGUGCGGCCGAGGCUGAUGUCUCUGUGAUCUACGAGCUUUCUACCAAAGCUUCUGGUUCAGCUAGCUCCUUGGUCCUGGGCAUCCAGGCCAUCCAGGACACGGAGUACCAGUGCACCAAUGCCACGGAGGCGGCAUAUGUUCGCAAUACCGCUGCCACAUACGAUUUGCUGGACAACUGCUUGAAAAACGGCGUUCCCACCAGCACCACAGCUGCCCCGCCUCCAGUUACUAGCACCGCAUCCACUACCACAGACGGACCUUUUUAUUUUGACCUUUAAAUUUAGUAAAGCCACGCGUUAAAAAAAAAACACUUGGAAAAAUUGUGACUCAAUAAUAUUGAUUUUUAAAUCAUUUUCACGGUCGCAGACUAAUUUCUAGGUGAAGUGGUUUUACGAAUGGGAAAGUAAUUGCUGGCAAUAUAAGAGCAUUGAAAUGUG